AUGGAGUUUAUACUGACAAAAACGGAGGCGUCGUUCGUGUGCAGCGCCCCGACUGGGUCGGGGAAAACGGUUUUGUUGGAAUUGGCCAUGUUAACUGGAUUGUUCCAGACGACGACGACGAACGGGGCGAGACGUAGACGAGGAGACGAGGUGUCGAGCGGCAGUAAUCGGAGAGGUUGCAGCAACAAAGUCGUUUAUUUGGCGCCGUUAAGAGCGCUCGUGGCGGAAAAGCUGAACGAUUGGCAAAAUCGAUUCGGUCGAGGGACGGAGUUAGAUUUAAGUUUCGUUUUGUUGACAGGGGAUGUGGACGACGAGAAGGCGCGAUCGAGCGAGUUUUGGAGAGAAGUAGAUAAAGCGGACGUGAUACUGGCGACUCCGGAAAAGCUGGACUCGCUGUCGAGACGGAAUUACUCGAACGGUAGUUUUGGCUUUUUUGGAUCUAUUUCGGUUGUUUUGAUCGAUGAGAUACACGUCGUUGGCGAUUCCUCGCGAGGGGCGACGUUGGAGGCGAUCGUCUCGAGGUUGAAAGCAAUCGGACAGAGUUUGGGGGAGGAGGCGGCUUUGCGUCGGUGCCGAUUCGUGGCCGUAUCGGCGACGGCGCCCAACGUGGGGGAGGUCGGCGACUGGCUGAGCGGUGGUAAGAACGCCAUCACCACGACGUGGGAGUUUGGCGAAGAGUACAGACCGGUGCGACUGGAAACAAUAUGUCGCGACUGCGGUUAUAGCAAGAACGAAUACUUGUUUGAAAAGACGCUCAACGCAAAGCUUCUCGACGUGGUUUUAGACCAUUACGAACGAUGUCCGUCUUUGAUUUUCUGCACGACGCGCGACGCGACCUUGAAAGCGGCGAAAAAACUGGAAGAGGAUAUCGCGCAGAGAAGAAAUACUCUCCGCGAGCCGUUCGUUACCGAUGAGCAAUCGAAGAUGAAGCUCGUUCAAGCGGCGCAAAGAGCGAAGAAUAAAACGUUGAAACAGCUCCUUCCAAAAGGUAUUGCUUUUCACAACGCUUCGCUCGAAUAUCACGAUCGCAGUCUCGUGGAAACGCUAUUUCGAGAAAGGGCAAUAUUAGCGCUGUGCUCGACGUCAACGUUGGCGCUUGGCGUCAAUUUACCCGCGCGGCUCGUGGUCGUCUGCGGGACGAAAACGUAUCGAGGCGGCGGCAUCUACGCCGACAUUGACCGAGGCACGCUUCUGCAAAUGGCCGGACGAGCUGGGAGACCAGGUCUUGAUCAACGAGGCGUCGUCGUCGUGAUGACAGAUACGCACUCGAAAGUUUCGUUUGAAAAUCUUCUUCACAACAUCGAGCCGAUCACGAGUGAACUCAAAGCGAGCUUACCAGAAACGAUCAACGCAGAGGUAACUUCCGGAGUGAUAUUUUCCGUGCCGAGCUGCGUUCAGUGGCUAACGAAUACGUUCAUGUUUACGCGCAUGAAAUACGCGCUCGCGUCUCCGGUAAAUGUACCGAUUUUUGGUCUCGGAGCGUCUACGAAUAACGCGGCGAGUCCUUCUUCUUCUUCCUCUUCGCCGGAAGCUCAAGCCUUUCGCUGGGCGAAAGCGUUGGCUGUAAAAACGUUGCGCGAGAUGAAAGUAGCGAAUCUUUGCGAAUUUAACGAGUCCCCGGAUAUGUCUGGGGUUCGCACUGUCACUGCGAAGGAGGAAGGACGAAUUAUGUCUACGCGAUACGUGCGAUUCGAAACUUUCAAGCGAUUUCAACACGUGCUGCUUUCCUCUUCAGAUGUGGACAGCAACGAACCAACCCACACAAAAGACACGUACGAAGACGUUCUUGUCACGCCGACAGCCGAUGUGUCGUCGUUAUUCCAACACCAAAGUGGUCUUGCUGGUGUCGUCGGUAAGAGCGAAGCGGAAAUUUUGCGCUCGAUUUUAUCCGCAACGUGUAAAGCUAUUGAGUUUGGCGAAAUCUGCAUUCGUCGGGACGAGAAGACGACGUUGAAGGCAUUAAACAACAACAUUCGCGUGCCGUUGUUUCAUUGCGAUAAAAAGGGCAAACGAAUCACGAAAAACACGCCGAUCAAGUUCGGUUGGGAGAAGUUAUACGUUUUAACACAAACUGAACUGAAGGAAACGAACGAGAAGGAAAACAACGCCUUGCUGCCGAGUUUAAAGCGCGAGGUGGAAUCGGUCAUGAACAUCGCGCCUCGUUUGCUUAAAGCAGCUCACGAGCUCUACGUCUCUCGAAAAGAUUUCUUCCAUGCGGUUUGCGCCUACCAACUGAUGAAAUCGAUCGAAUCGAGAAAAUGGUUCGACUCGAAGGAAAUCCUUUCGCAGCUGCCUCGUUGCGGGCCAAAAACUGUCGCCGCGCUCAUGAACAACGGCAUUCAAACUUUCAGCGACGUCGAAAACGCCGACGCUCGAGCGAUUGAAAGAACCAUGACUCGACAACAACCAGGAUUUGUUCAUCACCUCAAAGAGUCUGUGAAAUUGUUACCGUCCGAAGUGCGCGUAUCUUUGGAAAUUAACGAUACCGCUGAUGACAUCCUGUCGACGCCGUCGCCUUCUUCAACAAAAACACCGCGAACGAAGAAGAAACCAAACGCUGUUCUUCCUUCAGUUAAUGUUCGCGUAGAGUUUGCUUCAUCUAAACGUUCCUUUCCUGGUGAUAUGAACAUUUUUGGUGGCAACGUACCCGGCAAGAAGGAGGAAGAGGAGGCCGAACUGUUUCCUCCUCGCGUCGUCCGACUUCCAAAACAACACCCGGGCGUGCUCAUCGUUGGAUGUGAACACGAUAACAGCAUAAUACUUCGUACGAAGCUUCCGACGAUUACCGAACGAGUUUUGAACAAUCGAAAAGAUUGUCUCGUUUUAGAAUCGAAAUGUUUCGCUCAAUCUCUGCCUCGAUCUCAAGCGCCGGUCAAAUUUCUCGCCCGAGUAUUUUUUGACGGCGUCCUGGGAAGAGACGCGUUUGGAUGGGCGUUGAGUAGUAAAACUACUCUCCCUCCAACACUACCCAAGGAGAAGUAUUACGUUCGCGAAAGUGCCCAGAUUCAAGGGGGUGGUGGGAGACGCUUGCAAACAGCCACGCCGCGCGUCGUGGCCGCCAAAACGAUGAAUGUCGACGCAACACAGAAGACAAAGAGAAAGAACGACGACUUCGACAAAGACAACAGAAACAAAAACAAGACGAACGACAAUGGUGAUAUGAUCAUAACUCAAAAACGAACCGACGUAGGUUUAGCGCAAAUGCGCAAAACGAAGCAAACCACGUUGGUUCCGUCGUCAUUCCCGUCGCCGAAAAGGAAGAAGAAUGAAAAAAAUAUUACUCCGCGGACGACGGAAAAAAAGAGCAAUCCUACCGCCACUACCAUCACUGGUGCUGAAACAGGUGUCAACACCGCUGCUGCUCUUCGCGAAUUGUGGGGCUGUAACUGGGCGGGUGGUGAUGACGAUGGUGAUGAUGGCAACGGCCAAAGCCUCGCGCCCGCGUUUUUUUGCGACGACGACAACAACGACAACAACAACAACAACAACAACAACGAGAGCGAAGAUAGCUGGGGCUUUGCUACUUAG